AUGCUGUUUUUAAAGGAUAAAACUACUGCACGGAAGAUUAAAGAAGCUGGGAUUGCCACUGACGACAAAGAGGCUGCCGAUGAAACAGUGCAGGGUAUUGUCGUGAACACAGGAGAGAAGAGUGAGUUUGGGGAAGUGUUCAAGAUGAUGCAGGCUGAAGAGGCACCAAAAACUCCUCUACAGAAGAGUAUGGACAUCCUGGGUACCCAGUUGUCUCUGUACAGCUUCUGCAUCAUCGGUCUUAUCAUGGGGCUGGGCUGGCUGCAGGGACGGCCCAUACUAGACAUGUUCACCAUCGGUGUCAGUCUGGCAGUAGCUGCCAUCCCUGAAGGCUUGCCCAUUGUGGUCACUGUCACACUGGCUCUAGGAGUUAUGCGGAUGGCCAAGCGGAAAGCUAUCGUCAAGAAACUUCCCACUGUAGAAACUCUCGGUUGUGUGAGUGUGAUCUGUUCAGACAAAACUGGUACCAUCACUAAGAACGAGAUGACGGCCACUGUUAUCGUCACUGCGGAUGGUCAUCUAGCUGAGGUAUCCGGGGCUGGAUACAAUGACCAGGGGGAGAUCCAUAUCCACAAAUGUGACAGUGUGGAGAGAGCGCGGGAAUCAAUCUACAGGUUACUGGAGGUUGGCUGUGUGUGUAACAAUGCUGUGAUCAAUGGGGAGACUCUGCUCGGUCAGCCCACAGAGGGAGCUCUGCUUGCUGUGGCCAUGAAGAAUGGUAUGUUCGGAGUAGCAGACAAGUAUUGUACGCCUGCAGGAGUAUCCAUUACAGCUCGAGCAGAAGAUGAUGGCUGUCAAGUGGUGUUCCCAAGUAUGGUGAC